ACACAACGAUGUAGUGCACAAUCGAAUGCGGUGCUCGUAUCACAUAUAACAACACACAACAUCGCAAACAACACGAUACUCUCGAUUUCUCUAUUACAUAUAUGAGAGAGCCUCUCGGUGUCGAUAUAUCUACAGCACAUAAAUGGGACUCUUUUUUUCGGUGGUAGUUGGCCACUUGUAUGUGAAACCAACGACGAAUUGACCGUUUCCACAUAUAGGAAACAACAACAGUUAUAAUAAUAAUAAUAAUAAUAAUAAUAAUCAAAGACGAGGCGAGAAAGAGAAAAAAGAAAACAAAAACCAUAGAAAGAAAGACUAAAACGUUCGGUCAGAGAAGCCGUGCAGACCGUAUACCAAAUUUUUCGGUAGCUAUUCGGUUAAGCGGUGUGUUUGCGUUCGAUCCUUCUUCAUUCGACCGAACAACAUUUUAUUUCGCUAUAGUUACAUACGAAUCGUUCAUUUUAGUCUAUAAAAAUCGCGUACGCGAACAAGAAGUGGUGGCCAGUUUUUAGGCAUCACAAACUUACGCGCGUUUUGUGUCGGAAUGAUAAUUAAAUAUAACGUCCAGUGAAGUUCUCUCGUAAUGGCAGCAUCUGUGUAUGCUACACCACCUCCCGAUCAUUUGAGUGGCGAUGAGACAGCACUUAGUGAUGUAUCCAAUUCGUCUCAGAUAAGUAGUCCGUCAAAUUCAAUGAAAACAUUAAAACGUAGUUUAUCCGCAAGCUCAUUGUUGAGUACAUCAUCUGCAAUGGAAGCGUCCGGUGUUGUGACUGCACCGAGCAUCAUCACCACCACCACAUCAUCUUCAUCGUCGAAUAACAGUCCGAAUGCAUCAAACGCAACAAUACCGUUUGCAGGUAACAUAAACAUUACACUGCCGUCAAGCAUAGUAAACACAUUGGAUACGUUGACGGCAAGCAACGGCAGCACUGCAAACAGUGAUGGUAUCAAUAUAAAUAGUUUGUCAUCGUUGUUGAUGGAUUCAAUGCCCGAUAACUCGAAAAAACGACGUAAACAAUCCACUCCGAUUCGUAUCGCCGAAACAAAAGGUGCAAGUUUACUGAGCGCAGCAAUGGCUGCAAUGGGCCCAACAAAUGGUCAAAAUGAAGCCGAAAAGAAAGGCAUCGAAGCGAUUGAUUUGGCCGGCGGCGAUGGUGACGAAGAUGCAGCUCAACAAGCAGCAGCAUUGCCACGAAUUUAUCUCUCCAAUUUGAGCCAAUUGCAAGAGAGAUCGGCCAACUUUAGAAUGGGCGGCGAAGUGGACAGUGCACAAAAAGAAAACGGUCAAAUUGAAAAUGUGAAAAAAUUCAGUGAAAAUCAUGAGCAACUAUUGAGAUCGUUUGCAAACAAUUUGAAUUGUGAUCAGUGCGGAUUGAAAUUGGAUUCGGAAAUUCAACUUGGAUUGCACAUUCUGCAAGAGCAUGCACCGAAAAACCUGAGUAAAGUUGGCGACCCGAAAUCAGCCGAAGAUGAAAUACCGAAAAUUUUUGUGAAAAAAGAAAUCGGUGGCACAUCAUCGUCGUUGACAAAUAGCUGGAACAGUGACGAUGAUCGAGAAAAGCUGAUGCAAAUGGCUGCAAACGGACAAUUGAAACCGGAGGAAUGGCUUGCAUCACUAUCUAAUUUACCAUUUGCAUUUCCGCCUGAGGCAGCCGUAAUGCUAUCGGCUUCGGGCUAUUUGCCACAAUUGCCACUGCUUGGCGUUCCCAAUAAUCCGUUUGCUUCGGCCGAUGGUUUGCCACGAUCGGCCGCACCACCGCUACGAAUUUUCAAUCCGGAAGCCUACUGCGAUCUCUGCAAUAAGGAAUUUUGCAACAAAUACUUCCUGAAAACGCACAAAGCCAACAAGCACAAUAUCUAUGAGUCGGUCACAUCGACAACCGAAACACCCACCACAAGUCAACUCAAUCAAAUGUCACAAGUCUUUCAGAUGCAACAACAACAAUUGGCCGCUCAGCAACAGCAAAUGGUAUCACCAAAAUCACCGCCACCACAAUCCACAUCGUCAUCGUCUCAACGUCAAUCGCCGUCUAGCGGUUCACAAUCCGGGGCCCAGGAAAAUUCAGUGAUGUGCGAUAUUUGUUUCAAACGUUAUCCCACUUUGGUUGCAAUGCGACGCCAUCGAUCAAAAGUACAUGAGAUUCCACCGCCAAAUGAUUCGAACACCGAUGCAAAAAUGUCGACAAACACAUCCAACGCAUCGACUCCGAUUACAAUGCCAGACGGUUUCCGUGAAGAUUUCUCCAUCGAACAAGAAGACACAACAUUCACCCCGCAACCACGGAAAUUGUCGCCGCAAUCGAUUCUACAGGCACGUGAAGCCAAUUUCUCCGUGGACAAAUUGAAACGGCUCGGUGUCAUCAAUCCGGAGGCAUUCUGCGAGAUUUGCUGCAAAGAAUACUGUAACAAAUACUUUUUGCGUACGCAUAAAAUCAAACGGCAUGGCAUCUUCAUGCCACUCGACGAUGCAAUCCUAAAAGAUGGACGUUCAAUGGCUAGUGCGGCCGCUGCCGCUGCAAGUGCAUGGCAAUUGAUGCAAAAUGCUCCGCUGAAUUUGAUUAUGAACAAUGCCGAAGCACUGAACCAACUGCAAAACCAACGUAAGAAACUCGAGGCGGGUGAAAUUCGUAAACUUUCCAUUGAAAGCACCGACGAUGAGCUUGAGCAGCCGCAUAAAAAGCGUAAAUUAAAUGACAGCGACAAGAAACUGAUUGACGAUACGGACGAUGUUGACGAAGCCGAAAAUAAAUCCACCGACAACCAGCAAGACAGUGAAAAUAUAAGUGUCGACCUACAAAAGCUACAAAGUAUGAUAAUGCAGUUGAACGACUUGAAUGCCCAGCGCCCGGUAAUGUGUGGCAUUUGCGGUAAAGAGCAAGAGAAUCAGUUUGUUUUGCACACUCACAUGUUGACCGAGCACACGAACAUCGGUGAUAAUAACAAUGGUCUAAUAAAAUCAUCGCCGAGCACAUCACCAGUCAUCAAUCAAACCACGGAAACGUGUAAACAUUGUGACAAAGAGCUACCCAAUGCGUUUGCAUUGAAUCAACACUUGUUUGAAGUGCACGGUAUUUCGCCGACAAGUCCGGCGCGUGAAGGAUUCGUCACACCUGAACGGCCGAUUUCGGGCAUAAGUUUGCCACCACAAGCACCAAAUGCGCAGAUUAACGAACGUCGACCGUACACAAUCACACCAACCAGCAGCUACUGUGAGAUUUGCAACAAAGAAUUGUGCAACAAGUACUUUAUGAAAACCCACAUGCAACGAAUGCACGGCAUCGAAAUCGAAAAUGGAGCUCAAAUCGGCGGCGUUGUUUGCAACAUUUGCAACAAGGAAUUGUGCAGCAAAUACUUUUUGCGUGUACAUAAACACAACACGCAUGGUAUUGUCGAAGAUGGAUCACCGUUACCACAGCCACGUCAAAAUGGUGAUCAAGCCGAACCAGAGCCAACGCCAAUAUUCCCAUCGGUCGAUGCUUCGUUGAAAUCGGGUGAAGUUGCAAACGAUUUGAGCAAUCGGUAUUUCACACACUUUGCCGAAGUGUGCCCAUUGUGCAAUCGUCGUUUCCGCGGUGCAAAAUGGUUGCGAACCCAUCUGUUAACCGAUCACGGUAAACAAGGUACCGAUAAAUUGCGUGAAAUCGAACAACAAUUGGUCAAUUUACCAAAAUCGAACAGUCCUCCGAUUAAAAUUCCAAACGGUACAUUCCCGGGCUUGAAUCCAACCGAUCCGAAUUUCAUGCAAAAACAAGCACUCAACAGCUUAUUCUCCGUUGACGAAUCGCCGAUUUCAAAAGCAAAAGAAUACCAAUGCUCAUUCUGCUCGUUUUCCACACCAUCAUACGCAUUUCUCUACAUUCACAAACGUUCAUUGCACGCUGCCCUCAUGACCAAUGAAACUCUGGCCGGUUUAAAUAUUCCCGGCGAUAAUAAUGGGCUUGCAAAUCAAUCUGAAUCGGCCGUUUCCAUUGCAAAAGAUCAACCGUUGGCCCUGAAGACAUCAAAUGAAACCGCUUCCGUUGGCAAUACACCACUAUCAACACCAGCCACAACACCAAUUCCGAUUCAAUUGCCAGCCUCCGAAUUAAAUCCAAACAUUUCCUCCCCCAUGCACAAAGCCAGCCAUUUAAAUGAUGUGGAAAUGCUGUUAAAAGGCGCAUCACCUGAGCAAAAAUUCAAAGAUGACCAACAGCGUCAGGAUCAAUUUGAAGCUCAGAAUAUUUUAGCUGAAAUGGCAAACAUCACCAAACGACCAACAACCUAUGCCAUACCACAGGAAUUCAGCAACGGUAUGUUUAUGCAAUCAUUCCUAUUGGAGCCCAUCGACAACGAUGACACCAACGACAAUGGCAACAACGCAAAAACAAGGUUCGUACCAUCCGUUGUAUUUUUACCGGUCAGAGAACGUAUUGCUGGCAAAACUACUGUUUCAUUCUCCCUAACACCGGCUUAAACCCAGAUGAUGAUUGACAAACACUUUUACAAUUUGCCAAAUUACCAAAAAAAAAUCAAUGAAUUUACAUACAAACCCACAAUAUUUCCACACAAAAGCAGGAGAAUGAAACAGAAGUGUAGAAAACCUGAACGUGUGAAAAGUUGUAUUAUUUAGCUACUUAUCGAUAACAAAAAAAAGUAAUCACAUUAAUGCUACAUAAAGAAUAUACAUAAAUAAUUUAUAUACCAUAAACUAUCCUCAUUUCUAGUUAUUGUGCAAUGCUAGUCAAAUUUAAUUAUUACUUAUUGUCUGAUCAAAAAAAAGAAGAGUAAAAAACCAAAUACACAACACAAAUGACUAUGGUUAAUCCUAGACUAAAACAUAUAAAACACUGUAAAUGAGAAACAAGUGAAUGAGUCACAGAAACUGAUAAAUUGCAAAUGAACAAACCAAAUAAUAGACAAAACCAGUCAAACCGUGAAAUGAACCGACAAAAAAAGAAAGAAA